GCAAAAAGAAAGGAAGACGAGAACGGUGGUCCUCUCAGCGGCGGAAAAAACCCUGCUGAUGGAAAUAUACGAGGAAAGAAAUCAUCACCAAAAAGGACAAUACUGCCGCGAGGGAGAUUACUUGGCAAAAAAUGCGAGCCAUCAAUAGCCACGAAAGAAUGUGGCAACAAGAGAAACUUAAGUACAAAUGCAUUUUCCAUAGUGGUAUCAGUAUGGGCCUAUGUCUUUCAGUGAAUGGCGACACUAUAUGUCUGCUAGAUCCCCCGACUCAAAAUGCCCAAGGCUUACCUGACCCAUAUGUGGAGAUGGCGCCAGCCUCGGGCCCUUGAUGAGGAGACGGUCUGCAGUCACAGAGAUGCCAGAGAAACACGGACGCAGUCUUCAUUGGUGCUCCUGAAUCCUGCAGAGCAGUGGAGCUAUCGGGUGUCAAUCAGAGAGAGAGAGAGAGAGAGAUGUGGGGAGAGAGACGCACGGGAUGCUGAUGCUCACUGAGAGGAUGCUAUCGAUCAGGCUUGCAGAUGUUUUCCCCUCCAGUUUGAUAAAUAUGCUGAUGCGCACAAUUAGACUUUUUCUGCUCCUCAUUGGGUAAUUGGACAAAGUAAUGUGAGCAGCGGCUGCUGUGUACACUGCAUGGGAAAGCCGAGUCAUCAAUGCAGAACCCCUCAGCGCUGUUCGGGAUGGUCAGCCACUGUCAGACCCCAACUUUCACUGACUUCUCCGGCUUGUCGCUCGCCGUAUACGGCAGCAAGGCGGACAUCUGUACGCGGCGCACCGGGAGCGCUGGUUUUGGAUCUCAGACUUGCCGGAGCUCCCAUGACACCCCGAGUCACAUGAACUGCGGCAGCCCGAAGAGACUCAGCGCGUCCGAAGAAAAAGCGCAUCUGUCAACUAAAGCCCCGCGCUCGUGCCUCUCUCUCCCACCCGUGCAAGUGAAUGGUGCCUACUGCUCAGAGAAGGAUGUAGACACUGAGCUAGGUGACAUCGAGGGUGCCCUGAUGCGAUGUGGGCAGAGCUUGCCACUGCUGGUGGGGGGUCAUUUAGGGGGGCUUUAUACCCAGAGCCUCCACUGCGACAGACCUACACCCGACCUCCUUCUUCAGGAUGGCCCUCACCAAGACACCAGAUCCUCCUCUGCCUUCCAAAGGACCCUGCCGGGGGCCUCACCCGGCCUGGGCUGCGGCAGUGCCAAUGGGGAUCACUCCUCUCUCCCUUACCCAAUCAAACAGGAGAACACGAUGGGCUACAAGAUCUCCAACACAGGGUCCGGGGUCCAUAGCACGUCUCAGGCCGGGUUUCAGAACUGUAGGGCAGGCCAAGUUUUGGGGUUGACAAGGGACGAAAUAGUUGGAGCGCCGCAUGUUAGCAACAACGGUAGUGGCGUAUGCACAGUGAGCGGUGUAGGUAGUGCUGUGUCAGGGGACGCAGUGCAACCGUUUAAUAAUGGAGAUGGCUCCUCCCCACUAGCUUUGUCCCCAACUGGCUCCCGUCAUUCAGCACGGCUGCUUAGUUCUAGUAGUCUGAAGAGACGCUGCCUGUCCCUGUCCACACAGUCCACUGCCACUGCUGGCAGCGUUGCUGCCACAGGUUCCCCAUCAACUACUGGCACUGCUUCCGAGGAAAUCAAUAUCACCGCCAUAAUCUGCUCCUCCUCCCAGAUGUCGAUGGUUGCCUGCGUCAACGGGUUCCGCGCUAAUCUCUCACCCAACCUUGCCAGCAGUGCCGGCUUCUCCUCCUCUUCCUCCUCCUCUUCUACAUCCCCACCCUCUAACUCCUGCUCACGGGAAGCCCCACAGAGGCCCCCACCUCACAGCAGCCCCCAGCAGGCCACACUACAGGAGAACUGUCAGCUAUCGUCACCUGCCAACCGCCUGCUGUCCCUUUCCUCCUCCUCCUCCUCGUCCUCCUCUUCAGUGUCAUCAGUGGAGCCGGAGCAGGGCCAAGGGCAGACCCAGGGGCUGUGUGAGGAGCAGGGCUCCAUGCUGCAGGGGCGUGGGGCUGGAGGAACAGCUGGGGGAAGUGUGGGAGGAGGAGGAGGCUCAGACGGGUUGGGGCUACUGAUGAGUGGGGCCCUGAUGUCUGGGAUGUUGCAUUCGGGGCCUGAAGCUGGGGAUCUCCUGGAUGGGGGCCAAAGAUCAGGGGCUGCCCUUAAGCAGGAGCCCCUGGAUGAUUUUUCUCCCAGUGAAGAUGAACUCUUUCAGCACCACUAUCAUCAUCACCAUCACUUGAGUGGUCGUAGCGGGCACCUUCGUCACCCUCACCACCCCACUCGCUCUGCUAUGCCUCCGCCCUACCACCUGCACCAAUAUGUGGGGCCCAGUCCUGGGGGCCUGCUUCACCACCAGAGCCAGCAAACAGCACCAGCCUCCUCCCUGGGACUCAAACCGACCUCAGGAGGCCCUCCUGGGUCUCACACAGCCCCAGAGCGGGAAGAAGUUGGAGGAGGUGCACUGGCCGAUAAGCAGGUGUGUCGCUGGAUUGACUGCAGUGCUGCGUACGAGCAGCAGGAGGAGCUUGUGAGGCACAUUGAAAAGGUCCACAUCGACCAGCGCAAAGGUGAGGACUUCACCUGUUUUUGGGCUGGCUGCAUUCGCCGCUACAAGCCCUUCAACGCCCGCUACAAGCUGCUCAUUCACAUGAGAGUCCACUCCGGAGAGAAACCUAACAAGUGUAUGUUUGAGGGCUGUAACAAAGCAUUUUCGCGUCUGGAGAACCUGAAGAUCCACCUGAGGAGUCAUACAGGAGAGAAGCCGUACCUGUGCCAGCACCCCGGCUGCCAGAAAGCUUUCAGCAACUCCAGCGACCGCGCCAAGCAUCAGCGCACUCACCUGGACACGAAACCAUACGCAUGUCAGAUUCCCGGCUGUACCAAGCGCUACACAGAUCCCAGCUCCCUACGCAAACAUGUAAAGAUCCACUCGGCCAAAGAGCAACAGGUGCGUAGAAAGCUUCGGCCCUGUCCUCACCUGGAGCAGGACGUCCUGAGUGACUGCCUGUCCAUGCAGCAUCUCCAAAGCUCCACCUCCUCGCAACACCUCUACAACGGCAAAGAUGGCCGUUCUCCUGGACUGGGUCAAGACAUCUUCACAGGCCUGUACACUGGCUCCAGCACCCCCCAUCACAGCGCCUCAGUGGAGCUCCUCUCUUCUACCCCUAACCCCGCCUCCGCCACUGACCUGCCCUCCCGACAACACCAACCAGACCGGGACCUCUGCAGCCCUCAUCACCUGUCCCCGCUGGCUGCCAUGGACGGCACGAGAGAUGGGGUGUCAGGUCCCCUCUUGUCUCCAGGGAUGAAGGGUACAGGCACGCCUCCUCCUCCUCCUCUGGAGAAACAGCAUGUCCACCCUCACCACAAGCCCUACUCUCACUAUCACCACCAUCAGCCUGCCAACGACGAAUACCAAGGCAGCUUUCAGAGCUGCUUCCAUUUCGGAGACUCCUACAGGAUGGAGCAGACGGUCGGUGGUGUCCACGUCCCAGGAGAUUCUCACGCCUACACUUCCCAUCAGCACAAUGGCUUCCACAUGUCGACUGGCAACACUGGCACUGCAGGCUUCAGCUUGACCCAGGAGCUGCAAGGCGGCGCAGGGUGCCAGUUCUCUUCCAGCCCAGAGGAGAGCAUUUUCUUCCAGGUGGGCAGCUUCGACCGCAGCCUGAGCCACAUGUCCUCCGUCUACACAGAGACAUAGAGCAACACUGGAGCAGAGCAUGCUUCACCACACAUACUCUACUACUCUGCAGUCCAACUCCUUCCACCCCCAUCUUAUCACACUUGGAUCACCUCUUCUCUAGUUCCUGUUUCCUUUUUUUUUCAUGCAAGAUAUGGGUCACAUAUUAAAUCAAAGUCAUUUAUAGCUUAUUCUGACCUACAUAACUGUAAGAUGAAACAGACAUAAAAAAAAGUUUGGAAGUCAGUUUAGUAUACUGCAAUAUGAUUAACUACUUACCUGACACUUUCUGAAUGGUCAAGAUGUAAACUACACUUGUCUAAUAGUCCAAGUAGGUAAGAACAGUGGUGCUAUAAUCCUAUAGCUGGUGCCCGUGGUGGCUUGUGACCCCUUAAAACAACAAUGUCUUGUCACUGGUUGCAUAUGUCUUCCAGUUGUGACCAGUUUAACCAAAAAGUGAUUUUUUUCUUUGUUUUAUGUGAAUCAUUUUCACAGAAAAAAAUAUCCAGUAAUUCAUAAGAAAAUAAUCAAUAAUUUGAGGUAUUUUAUGCUUACCUAUUCUGUUAAAGGGUACUCAGCCAAUUUUACCCAUGAAGCUUAGUGUAAUUGUCAUGAGUAGUACUCAGUCUGUGAAAACAGUUGUAUGUCUUCCAUGGAAGUGAAGGGAGCUUUCUAAAGUCUGAGAAAAUAAUGUCAGUGGUCAUCAGGGUUAUCUCAAAUUGGGCUUGAGACUACUUUAACAGAAGGCUUGUGUUACGAACUUUGAGUUGACGUGGAGUUUGAAAUAUGCGGGCAUUUAUCAGGCAUGGAGGGUCUAAUGAAAGACAUUGAGUUGCAUUAUGGGAAUUGUAGGAUCCAGUGUUUUUGGAGCUUGACCCAUACGAUAUCUCAACCUCACUACUAUUCUGUUUUUAAUCUGGCUUUUGCAAGUCCUCCAAUUUAACAAAAGAGCAAUGCUAAAUCACUGGAAGGCCCCUUUAAUUGUCUUGUGACCCUUCAGAUUUGUCUUGUGAUUGCGUGUGAGGGCCCUGAACCCCACUGGAUUAGAGGGGCUUUAAAUACUAUAGAAAGAUUAAAAAAAAAAAAAAACAGUAUUUAAUCUGGUUCUUGCUCUUCCGAUAUCUACUCACUUUAAAUGAAGGAAUGACCUGAGUCAAAGAAAUUACAUGGAAGUCUCCUUUUCUUAUUAGUAAA